AUGUUUUACUUUCUAAUAUCCUAUACAAGCAUGACUAUUUCAGGUCCAGGCUAUUUUACAAUAGAUGUAACUGAUAAAUCCGUUGAACAAAUCCAAUUCAACUUGAACAAAGUUGAAGGUUACGAAUAUUACUUUGCUUUUUCAAAACUCACAUAUGAACAAAUAAAUGGUGUUCUCAUUUCUUCCCCAGUAACAAAAGUCACAGAAUUGAAAAAAGUAUUUUCAUUUAAAUCAAGAUAUAAAUCAUCUACACUUCAAAUGGGAGUUUUCUUGGUUCCAACAGAAUGUACUUCGGUCGAAUUUUUAAUCAACCCUUCAGCAAACGAAGAUUACUUUUUCAAUACUGGUAUGACUAAAGAAAAGUACUAUUGCAUGAACAUAAUGACUAAUACCAAAUUCAGUGCUGAUCUUGGCACCAAUGCCUACAACAAACUUUAUUAUUAUACGAAUGGUAACGUAUCAAACAUCCAAGAGGUUGAUUCUUCAGGAGUAAGUGUACCAAAUGUUAGAUUACUCUCUCUCAAGGUUGCAUAUAUGGCCCAAGAAGGAUCAUCCAAUGUUAAAAUUACAUCAGCAGAAACCAAGGGCCUCAAUCCCUCUGAUUUCGUAGCUGACUCCGCAAAGGCUAAACUCAUUGCUUCUACUAGUGUCUUUGUUCACGACAUGAUGAUCUUUUACGAUGGUUUAGAUCCAAGAUUAAAAUACGGAAGUAACUCGAUUACUGUAGGUCAAAAUGAACAGGCUUAUGUCAUCAAAGCCGGUACAGUUAUAGUUUUCACAAAAUUCGACGGAAUUGAAGGAAAUGUUGGUGCUUCAAAUUACGGAGCUCCAAUUGGAGGUAGUACUGCUGCAGUUCAUGUUCUUAGCCAAGCACUGUUAGAAAUAAAGGCAACAAGUACAAGAGAAGUUCAUAUGGUAAUAUUUAAUAUCAUGACUUAUACUUUUAAUCAAGGCGUUGUUAUAACAGGAACCAAAAAAGUUGGAAUUGGACCUGUAAAAGAAUCCUCGGCAACAUAUUUUGUCUUUGCUGCAGUUUACGAUGGAGAAGCUUCUUUCAAAUCCGAUAAAUUUGAAUACGUUGCGUUACCUGAUGGAAACGCUACAGAAAAAUCUCAAGUUAAAAGAUCUUUUUACCAAGCGUUCUCUAAACAAAAUAGUGGGGACUCAACAUCUACAAUUGAAACUAAAAUGAGAGACAGCACUGAUGAAUCUUACAUUAUUGAUGGAGUAGAAUCGAACUACGUUUUUAGAUAUGUAUCCAAUUCUUACAGUGGUGAUUAUCGUGGUUACUCAUCAAUUACUAAAGAAAAAUUAAGUUCUAGUAAAGUUGGUAUAAUUGUUGGAAUUAUUGUAGCAGUAAUUAUCGUUGUCAUUAUUAUUGUUGUUAUAAUGGUGUGCAUGAAGAAACAUAAACACCAUAAAUCCAGUUCUUCAAGUUCUUCCAGAUCCUCAAAGAAGAAGAAGAAACUCAACAAUUAUAAUGCUGAUUUCGCUCAACCUGCUGGAGUUUAUCCUAAUCAAGGUUAUCCUAACCAAAGUUAUCCUCCAAAUCCUCCACCACAACCAUAUCAACAAGCAUAUCAACAGCAGCAAGCUCCAAUUUAUGCUGCUCCACUUGAUCCAUCAAAUCCAUAUCAAUAA